AUGGCUUGUUGUGGUUUGCAUUUUGGUCACCAUGCAACAAGUUAUGUUAGGGGAACCCUUUUGUUCCUCCUGAUAAUCCCUCUUGUACAUGCUCAGCUUGUGUCUUUUGAUUACCAAAACUUUGUUAAUGCUGAUUUGCAGCAGCAGCAGCAGCUAAAGCUGGAAGGAGAUGCUUCUGUUUCAGAUUGUACCAUCCAACUCACAAGUGGUAACUGGAUUGGGAGUGUUGGUCGAGUCACAAGUUCCAACCUUAUUCAACUUUGGAACGAAACCUCAAAUCAACAAAAGGACUUCACUACCGAAUUUUCCUUCAUUGUUUUCUCAAAUCAGAAUUAUUAUGGAGAAGGUUUGGCUUUCUUCCUAGCAAGCCCAAAUCUCCCAGAUGCAAAUGACACAGAAAUAAAACGAGGAGGCCUUGGCCUUGGUCGUGUGCAUGACAAAACACCUCUCCCUAUUGAUUAUAAGUUUGUGGCAGUGGAGUUUGACACUAACUCAAACCAGUGGGACCCAACUAGCUUACAUGUAGGUGUGGAUGUCAACUCUAUGCAGUCUAACAUACUUCGGAAAUGGGGAACAGAUAUUUCUCGAAGGAGCGUUUAUGACUGUAGUAUUGUAUAUAAUUCAAGAGAUAAAAUUCUAGAUGUGUCUUUCACGGGAUACAUACUCGAUCUGCCAGUAACAAAGUACCUUUCAUACCACAUUGAUAUCACAGAGCACUUACCAGAGUCGGUUAUUGUUGGCAUAUCAGCUGCAACAGGAGCAAAUCCUGAGGAACAUACCCUUCUUUCGUGGUCAUUUAGUACAAGCAAUGCCGAUCCUAAGAAGGAAAGAAACACAAAAUUGCUGGAGGGAAUAGGAAUUGGUGUAGGUUUGUCUGUGACUUUAGUAGGGUUGGUCCACAUUUUAUUAUGGAUGAUGGAUAAAGGAAAAGGAAAAGAAUCCCCCUCAGAAACCACUUCUGAUUAUAACAUGGAUGAUGAAUUCCACAUCAGCACUGGACCCAAGAAGAUCAGCUAUAAUGAAUUGGUAACUGCAACAAACAACUUCGCAGAUACACAGAAGCUUGGGAAAGGUGGUUUUGGUUGUGUUUAUAAAGGUUAUUUUAAAGACUCAAACUCCUAUGUCGCUAUAAAGAGGAUAUCAGCAGAAUCAAGACAGGGUAUAAAGGAAUACGCAGCAGAAGUGAAGAUCAUUAGCCAAUUGAGGCAUAGGAAUUUGGUGCAACUCAUUGGUUGGUGCCACAAGAAGAAUGAUCUCCUCCUGAUCUACGAGUACAUGCCAAAUGGCAGCUUAGAUUCUCAUCUUUUUCAUGGAGAAAGCAUCUUGUGGUGGCAGGUGAGGUACAACAUAGCUCUGGGAUUGGCCUCAGCAUUGCUUUACCUACAAGAAGGAUGGGAAAAAUGUGUGCUUCAUAGGGACAUCAAAUCAAGCAACAUAAUGUUAGACUCCAAUUUUAAUGCUAAGCUUGGCGAUUUUGGCCUAGCUAAGCAGGUGGAUCAUGAGAAAGGGUCACAAACCACAGAUGUGGCUGGGACCAUUGGUUAUCUAGGCCCUGAAUAUAUGAAAACCGGCAAGGCUAGAAAAGAAUCCGACAUAUUCAGUUUUGGGAUUGUUUUGUUGGAGAUAGCCAGUGGAAGAGAAGCCACGAACAACAAUGACAAGGAGGGUCAAGUAUUAUUAGUUGAAUGGGUUUGGGAGCUCUAUGGUUUGAGAAAUCUCCUUGCAGCAGCAGACCCAAAGCUAUGUGGGGUACUUGAUGUGCAACAAAUGGAAUGCUUGUUGGUUGUUGGUCUUUGGUGUGCAAAUCCAGAUUACAUAUCCAGGCCCUCUAUAAGGCAAGUGAUUAAGGUGCUUAACUUCGAAGUUCCUUUACCAAUUCUCCCACAAAAGAUCCCUGUGGUAAUCUAUCUCCCUCCGACAACAUAUUGA